UUUUUUUUUUUUGUUUAAUUCUUUUAUAAAUAAAUAUUAAGUGUAUUUUGUCUACAAAUUAUUUAAAUUUAUUAUAGAUCAUAUAAAUAGCAACAUCUUUUAUUAUCAAUAUUAACAGUAUGAGUCUGUUAGAUGACGAUUCUUUAUCGCGUAGAUCUUCUGUUAAUACAGUCUCUGGUAGUACUAGUCAUAUACAUCCUUCUUAUCUUUCUACACCAAAUGCAUCCUCUUCUUGGAUAUCACCUAGAGGUAAUUCCAGUUCAUCUACAAAAGAAUCUUGUUGUGAUACUUUAUCGUAUGAUGAUGAACAUUAUAUCGGUCAACCAACACCUUCUCCUUCUGCUUCUAUAGAUCGUAGUAGAUCUCUUCAUAAUAGAUACAAAAAAUCUGUACCUAAUACAAAAGAUAUUCAUGUUGAACGCAAUACAGAAGGGAAACCUCCUUAUUCUUACGCUACUUUAAUUAAAUACGCGAUUGAGAACAGUCAAAGAAAGAAACUAACAUUAAGUGAAAUUUAUCAAUGGGUUAUCGAUCAUUAUCCUUACUAUGCUACAGCAGGAACAGGAUGGAAGAAUUCAAUUCGUCAUAAUCUUUCUCUAAAUAAAUGCUUUGUUCGUGUUCCUCGCCCAAUUAAUGAGCCUGGUAAGGGUUCUUAUUGGCAAGUAGAUCAUAGAGCCGCUGAAGCUGAGUUACGCUGUAAGACAUCUAUGGCAGUUCGUGGACGUACAAAUAGAUCCCGCAGUGAUCCUGUCAUUAAUAACCCCUAUCGUCCUAAUACAAGCUCAUCUAAUGGUCAUAGUGCAAAUACAUGGCAAAAUAAUAACAAUAACAAUAAUCAUAAUCAUUCACGUCAGUCUCACUUACCUUGGCACAACUCAAAUAUUAUUACGAGUAAAAAUAAAUUAUCAUUCUCUGAUAAUAAUAUUCAGCAGCAACGUUUUAAUCGUGACUCUCGAUCACUUUCUUUAGAUUCUUCUUCUUCUAAUCCAUUAUCUGUCACAAAACCAUCUUUGUUCAAUUAUCAUCAACUUAAUAAUAGUAAUAACGCCUCACCUAUUUCUACAACUUCUUCGUCUCAUCAUGGCUAUUACUCUCAUCAUUCAUAUUCAAAUCAAAAUUCAUCUUAUCCAAAUCCUACUAUGAUGACACCUACUUCAAUGAGACAAUUUGGAAGUACACCGCAACGACAUAGUAUUACUGACUUUUCACGUUACCAUCAUCCUUCAUCUUCUUAUUUGCCUAGUUGUUAUGAUGCAUAUGCUACUAAUAAUCCCUUAUGGUUCUCAAUCAAUGUAUUCUUCUCCUACAACCUCAACAUUUCCUAUCACUACAAGUCAUAGUAACUCACAUCAUCCUCUUAUAACACCUACUUCAUCUACAAAAGCAACAAUAGGAGAUACUUCCUCUUCUUUACCUGGAUUAUUAAUCAACAUGUCAACCAAUACCAUAAAAAAUGAACAUGAAGAGAAUAAUAAUCAUUCUCAGAUUGCAACCACUUUAUCAAUCUC